AUGGGUGAGGCACCUCAAACAGAAUUUCAGAAGAGAAAGCAGAUAUCUGUCCGAAGAAUCGCAGCUGUUGAAGAUAUAGCGACAAUCAAAGAAAAGUUCAACAGGCAUUUGCACUUCACAGUUGUCAAAGACCGAAAUGUUGCCACCUCGCACGAUUUCUAUCUGUCACUUGUUCACAGUAUCUGGGAAUUCCUUGUCCACAAGUGGAUCAGAACGCAGCAACUGUAUUAUCAGAAGGACGCAAAGAGAGUCUACUAUUUGUCCCUUGAGUAUUACCUUGGAAGAAGCCUUUCAAAUACAUUGAUGAACUUGGAUAUGAGUGAAAUUUGUGAUAUGGCAAUGGAUACGCUUGGUCUUGAUAUUCAAGAAAUGAUAGAACAAGAAAUGGAUGCUGGCCUUGGUAAUGGUGGUCUUGGAAGACUGGCUGCGUGUUUCAUGGACUCCCUUGCAACACUUGGCAUUGCAUCUCAUGGUUAUGGAUUGCGUUAUGACUAUGGGAUAUUUGAACAGAAAAUACAAGAUGGGGAACAAGUGGAAAUUCCGGAUGACUGGUUAAAGUAUGGCAAUCCCUGGGAAAAGUCAAGACCAGAGUAUACAGUGCCUGUUCAUUUUUAUGGCAAAGCUGUUUGUGACAAAGAUGGAUACAACUAUACAUGGGUUGACACAGAAGAGGUACAUGCUAUUGCACAUGAUAUCCCUGUGCCAGGGUAUGGGAACAAGGUAGUCAAUACAAUUAGACUGUGGUCUGCAAAGUCACCAAAGGAUUUUGAUUUGUCCUACUUUAUGGGUGGUGACUACAUAAAAGCAGUUUUGAAAAGGAACAAAGCCGAGAAUAUUACAAGAGUUCUUUAUCCAAAUGAUAAUUUCUUUGAAGGUAAAGAAUUACGUCUCAAGCAAGAGUAUCUGAUGGUGGCUGCAACUCUGCAUGACAUUGUUCGAAGAUAUCAAGAAGCUGAUUUUGGUUCCAAGAAGGACGUGAGAUUGUCAUUUGAUUGCUUUCCUGACAAGGUUGCCAUCCAACUUAACGAUACACACCCGGCACUAGCUAUUCCAGAAUUGAUGCGCAUCUUUGUGGACGAGAAGAAAUUAGAAUGGGGCAAGGCUUGGGAUAUUUGCAAGAGGACAUUUGCUUACACGAAUCACACUGUACUACCAGAAGCCCUUGAGAGAUGGCCUACAUCAUUGUUACAAAAAGUAUUACCAAGGCACCUGAUCAUCAUUUUUGCCAUCAACGGUAUUCACUUAGAGGAAGUGGAAAAGAGAUGGCCGGGAAAUGUAGACAAGUUAAGAACAUUGUCGAUCGUUGAAGAGGAGCCAGAGCAAAGAAUAAACAUGGCGCAUCUAUGCAUUGUUUCUUCCCACACUGUCAAUGGUGUUGCGAAAAUGCAUUCCGAGCUGCUUAAAACAUCUAUCUUCAAGCAUUUCUAUGAGAUGGAUCCUGAGAAAUUUCAAAACAAAACAAAUGGAAUCACUCCUCGGCGCUGGUUGUUACUUUGCAACCCAUCUCUUGCUGAAGUUGUUUGCGAGAAAAUUGGUGACAAAUGGAUAACAGAACUGAGUGAUCUGAAGAAAUUGAAUGCUUUGACGACGAAUGCUCGCUUUGUCAAAGAAAUUGCGAGAGUCAAACAGGAAAACAAGAAUGUCUUCGCUGCAUACAUCCAGAAGCAUUAUAACAUUAAUAUCAAUGUGGAUUCUAUUUUUGAUGUCCAGGUCAAACGUAUCCAUGAAUACAAGAGGCAAAUGAUGAAUGCUCUCCAUAUAAUCACCAUGUAUAACCGUCUUAAAGAUGAUCCAGAAAUUGACUUUGUUCCAAGAACCGUCAUGAUUGGUGGCAAGGCAGCACCUGGGUAUUACGCGGCAAAGCAAAUCAUCAAACUCAUUGUUGGAAUAUCCGAAGUUGUUAAUAACGAUCCCAUAAUCGGAGAUCGGUUGAAAGUGGUGUUCUUAGAGAACUACAGAGUCUCAUUGGCAGAGAAGAUCAUUCCUGCUGCAGACCUCUCAGAACAGAUCUCAUUAGCAGGUACAGAGGCUUCAGGAACUGGAAACAUGAAAUUCAUGUUAAAUGGAGCAUUGACGAUUGGUACACUCGAUGGUGCUAAUGUGGAAAUGAGAGAAGAAAUGGGUGCAGACAAUAUUUUCAUUUUUGGCAUGACUGUUGAUGAGGUAGAAGAACUGAGAGCUAAAGGAUACACUCCUAAAGACUACUAUGAUAAGAAUGCUGAAUUGAAAAGAGCCAUUGACCAAAUCAAAGAAGGAGUGUUUUCACCCAAGAACCCGGAAGAGUUUAAUCAUCUUGUAAAUGAUCUUCUGUAUCACGACAGGUUCUUCGUACUUGCUGAUUUCGAAGCAUACCUUAAAUGCCAAGAGCGUGUCAGUGAGCUGUACCAGGAUCAGCUAACAUGGAUCCAGAAAUGUAUACACAACAUUGCCAACUCUGGUAAGUUCUCCAGUGACAGAACGAUUUUGGAAUAUGCCAAGGAUAUUUGGAAUGUGGAGCCAGCCCUGCCAAAUGGCAUUGAAGAAGAGGACGAUUGAGGACGAUGACGUUUGAAUACGAGGACGUUUGAAUGCGAGGACGUUUGAAUGCGAGGACGAUAGAAGACUUUAAACUAAAUUUUUCAAUUCUGCUUUAUAAUGAACGCUCGCUGAUUCAACCAGUGAUUUUUAUCUAGCUGCCAGUGAAUCCCAUAGAUAUUUACUUCUUCGCAUAGUUAUAUUCUCGGCAUAGUUAUAUUUUUCGAGAAGGCCAUUGCAGGUAUGGAUGAUUAAGAAAUUCAGGUGUUUGUACAAUUACCAAAGUAUCUAUUUAAAAUUGUUCACGGAGUUCAAAUAUCUUCGAAACCGCACUCGCAAAGUGAAAUGUGUUGAUUAAAAUCUUCAGUAAAGGAAUUUUCGGGAAAAGUUCACAAACUUGUCGAAGGACAAACGGGCAAGUGUUUAAUGCCUGCGCAGUUCAACAGCUUUGUUUAUUUCACCUGAAUCUCGUACUUGCGAUGAUGAUACUUCUUGAAAUGGAGUGUUUAGCCAAUUGGUUAUUUAGACUAUUAAACAUUUUACCUAGUGCGUAAUCAUGUUGAAAUUAUUUGCUUUAUCCUUUAAUCAUUUAUCGUUAUUCACCUUAUACUAAUAUAGCCUGAAGUUGCUAGCUUUUGUUAGUCAACGUAAACCAUAAACAUACCCUCCUCCCACCAGAAUCAACGAUUCUCAUAAUUCUAUUUUAUUACGCACAAACACCCCGACUUUACAUUGCACUGCUUAUUCAUUCAAUUAUUCAUAUGCUGUGAAGAUGGUAGCUCCUCAGGUUUCAAAAUAAUUCUUUAACAUAUACUACACUUUUAUAGAAUAUUUUGGAUAGAUAGCUUUCUCGGAUUGACAUGAAAUUGCCGCAAAAAGGCUUUAUAAGGCGAAGUGCCAAGGGUUUAGGCGAAAUAUAACUUUCACUUUCAAUGUAAUAAUUUAUAUCCAUAUCGGGAAAGAUGUAUUGUUUCUUUUUUCGUUUAUCCUAAAAUUAUCAAACUUAUUUCUGUCAAAAAGGUAUGAUUCUGCAAUUUCAAGCAACGAUGCCAUGUAACAUUUCUACCAAGAAAACAACCCCCUUUACAUGACUCCUAGAAAGUUUUGACAUAGAAUUCUUUCCUAUUAAUGCUUGCAUAACUCAUAAACAUUCAUUUGUUUCCAUUUGUGUGCUGUAAAGAUAUUACUUGCUUAAUAACUAUUCUUUGCAUAACACCUUUGAACCUGUACUUAGUAAGACUAUCAUUUUAAGAUAUGAAAUGUUGUGUAA